UUCGCUUCGCUUCCGCUGUUCUCCGUGCUAAGUGCUAUCCGCUAGGGUUUAUCCGCUCGCGGAAUGGCGACUGUGCAGCUCUCCGGCACCGCGGUCGGCGCGGCAACCUUCGGUAACAAAAGGACGGCAUCCUUCCGCCCGGCAGCCGUCGUCUGGGCCCGCCCCGCCCGGCGAGCGCUCCGCGGGCUCGUCGUCAGGGCGGCCACUGUCGUCGCCCCGAAGUAUACAACUCUCAAGCCCUUGGCUGAUAGAGUGCUUGUAAAGAUUAAGUCUUCUGAGGAGAAGACAACGGGUGGAAUUUUGCUUCCUUCAACAGCCCAGUCUAAACCUCAGGGUGGAGAGGUUGUUGCCAUUGGAGAAGGAAGAACUAUCGGGGCUACGAAAGUGGAUGUCAACAUUGAGGUUGGAGCUCAAGUUGUAUAUUCAAAGUAUGCUGGAACUGAGGUGGAGUUGAAUGAUUCCAACCAUCUAAUUCUUAAAGAGGAUGAUAUCAUAGGUAUUCUAGAAACCGAUGAUGUGAAAGACAUGAAGCCUCUAAAUGAUCGUGUUCUAAUCAAGGUCGCUGGAGCUGAAGAUAAAACUCCGGGUGGUCUGUUACUUACUGAAACUACCAAGGAGAAACCUUCAAUUGGAACGGUCGUAGCUGUGGGCCCAGGCCCCCUGGAUGAGGAAGGCAAGAGGAGCCCAUUGUCUGUCUCUGCAGGCAGUACCGUUCUGUAUUCCAAGUAUGCUGGCAGUGAGUUCAAGGGUGCUGAUGGCACGAAUUACAUUGUGUUGAGGGUGUCGGACCUGAUGGCCGUCCUCUCUUGAGCUGGAUUCGAACAGUUAGUUACCUCCAAGGUUUUCUUUCAUCAGGUGCAGGCAAUGCCAGCUAGUGUUACCAUCCUGUCCCAGUAAUUGCCAUUUUGUGGAACUAUGUUUCCUGGCGAUUCAAUAAACUUACAAAAAAAAUUGGUCUUA